UGCUCGCGGCCAGGUGCAGGGCUGCGGCUCCUCUCCGCGCGCGCUUCGCCCUCCUUGUCCGCCGGGGUCGUCGCCACUGCGACCCGCGAGGCCAGGGCCAGGCUUACCCUUCUGGCCGGGAGAGCCGUCGCGUUCGUCUCCUGUCCCCAAACUUGCCCUCCGCCGGGGCGUCGGCGAGGCCGGCCCGGCGGGCGCAAACGGACCAUGCUCGGGCCAAGGCCCCUUCUGGCAGCUUCCCUCAGCUUGGGAGGGACCCGCGCUUCCCCGUGUUCCCCACGGACACCCCGAGUCGCUUCGGGCACGUUGGAGACCUCGAGUCCGGAGCAGGGCGGACGGGAGCCCCACUGGGAGCCAAGCUUCGGGCAGGGCGGGGUUCGGGGGUCUGCUGGGGGGCAUUUAUUUUGCAGGGUUGGAAAAGGCCGCUGCUCGGUCGGCCUCUGGCCCGAGGAUGUCGGCUCCUAAUGCGCCCCUGGCCCUUUCCACCCCAGUCUUCCCCGCGGAGAGGGGCGAAAACUUCCCUGGCUUUUGUUCGCUCUGCUUUGUCUGGGGCUGGGUGGGAUUGGCGCGGCGGUGUAGACAGGCCACCACUUUGUGGCUGGAGGGGGUAUGAAGCAGGACUGCCCGCAAGAUUUGAGGGGCCCAGUGCAACGUGAAAAUGCCAGGUCCCUUGUUCAUAAGUCAUUACGAAUUCCACGACGGUGACAGCAGAACAUUAGAUCCAGCGCACCCUGUGCGAGGCCGGCGAACCUGCCGCGGGGCUUCCAGGACUGUGAUCCCCAUAAGGUGCUGGGACCCUCCAGGACAAAGGGCUCCCGUAUGGUCCCGCUUCUUGGUUCACCUUGUCUGCUCUUUGCCCUCCCCAGUGCUUCUGGAUGGAUCUUCGUCGCCAUCCUCGGAUUGCUCGCCAUCCUCAAGCUUGAAAACCUGCUUAAAAUCAUUUGGGGGUCAUCUUUAAGUGCUGAGUUGGACAUGGCUGGAGACUGUGGCUGGCCUUCUCCCUGACGUCUUGGUGGAUACAUGACACUUGAUUUUAUGAAAGCAACCCCUUCAGCCAACUCCUGUCUUCCUGGGAAAGCCCUUGGAAGAAACAGCUGAAGAAGUUGAAGCUGAAGAGUUUGAAUGCCUUGCCUGCGACCAUUCCACAGUAUCAGAAGGAACCUUGUGGUUGCAAGUGACAGAGGAGUCAACCCAAACUGAGUUAGCGAAACCAGUCUCGAAUGAAUCUGACUUGAAAAUUCCAAAGGCUCUAUGGAACAUUUCCCGACUUGCCCUAGCAGAGCUAAUAUCCUUCUGGACUCCAAAAGAACGUGGGCGUAUCUCUGUACCUACACCUCCUGUUUUGAGAUUAUUUGUGGACGAGACCAUGUCCCUCAUUACACUAUGAACCUGGUAGGGAAAUGAAUCAGAAUGUAUUCAUCCUUCUAUCCCUGCCUCAUCGCUGGAACAUGCUCAGCUGAGAGAACACAUCCCUGCUUAGCUGGAGGAAAGCUAGAAAACAUUUGAGAAGAGGCUGGAACUUUCAUUUUGCAGCCACACAAGACCUCUGCAUCCCUCAUAGAGAAGGUUUUUUCUCAUUUUUGUUUCUCUUGAAACACCUGAGGUGAGGAAAAACCUCUGCAUUGGCCAAGCAGAAGAAACAGGAUCUAUGACUGAAGUGGAUCGGCUAGGAGGGGCUCCUCGCAGCAUAAAGGGAGGCACUUUUCACACUCUGUCUUGGAAUGAGAAGUUGAAUUCACGAACACACGAUUGAGAAGACAUGGGCUGUGGUACUUCAUCUUCAGCGAAAGACAGGAAAUCUGAGAGAGCGCUGAGAGCCGCUUUGAUCAUCCAGAACUGGUACCGAGGUUACAGCGCUCGACUGAAGGCCAGACAACGCUAUGCCCUCACCAUCUUCCAGUCCAUCGAAUAUGCCGAUGAACAAGGCCAAUUGCAGCUAUCCAAUUUCUUUUCCUUCAUGUUUGAAAACUACACACAUGUGUGUGAGAAAGAUCCAGAAUUUGUCAGUCGACUUUUUGGUAAUACCCACCAGGACGACAAGGAUAGACAGGACUAUGUGGGGUUGGUAGACGUCCCAGACUCCUAUAAUGGUCCUCGACUGCAAUUUCCUCUCACUUUUACUGAUAUUGAUUUACUUAUUGAGGCCUUCAAGCAACAACAGAUACUUCAUGCUUAUUAUGUGUUAGAAGUGCUAUUUGAAACCAAGAAAGUCCUGAAGCAAAUGCCGAAUUUCACUCACGUAAAAACUUCUCCCUCCAAACAGAUAACAAUUUGUGGUGAUUUGCAUGGAAAACUGGAUGAUCUUCUUUUGAUCUUCUAUAAGAAUGGUCUCCCCUCAGGAAGCAACCCAUAUGUUUUUAAUGGUGAUUUUGUAGAUCGAGGAAAAAAUUCUGUAGAGAUCCUAAUGAUCCUGUUUGUCAGUUUUCUUGUCUACCCCAAUGACCUGCACUUGAACAGAGGGAACCAUGAAGAUUUUAUGAUGAAUAUGAGAUAUGGCUUCACAAAAGAAGUUUUGCAUAAAUAUAAGCUACAUGGAAGAAAAAUCUUGCAACUCUUGGAAGACGUCUAUACCUGGCUCCCAAUUGGUACAAUCAUUGAUAAUGAAGUCCUGGUCAUACAUGGUGGGAUAUCAGAGUCCACAGACUUGAAUUUACUCCAUCAUAUGGAAAGAAACAAAAUGAAAUCUGUGCUGAUGCCACCAUUUCCAAUAGAUGAAGACUAUGCUGCUGACUUGAAAAAUAAAGUAGGUACAACUGCUGUGCCUCGAGGAGUCAGAACAAGUGGAUCCCUCUCUGAACAGUUAACAAAGCAUGAAUGGGAACAGGUUAUCGAUAUUCUGUGGAGUGAUCCCAGAGGCAAAAGAGGCUGUUACCCAAACACAAGUCGAGGAGGGGGCUGCUAUUUUGGACCAGAUAUUACCUCCAAGAUUCUUAAUAGAUACCAGUUGAAGAUGCUUGUUAGGUCUCAUGAAUGUAAGCCCGAAGGGUACGAAAUCUGCCAUGAUGGGAAGGUUGUUACUGUAUUUUCUGCUUCCAAUUAUUAUGAAGAAGGCAGCAAUCGAGGAGCUUACAUCAGACUGGGCUCUGGUAUGACCCCUCAAUUUUUCCAGUACCAAGUAACUAGGGCAACGUGCUCGAGGCCUCUUUACCAAAGGGUGAAUAUUAUGGAAAGUAGUGCCAUCAGGAUAUUAAAAGAGAGACUGAUUUCACGAAAAACUGACCUUAUUCGUGCUUUCCAACUUCAAGACCGCAAUAAAUCAGGAAAACUUUCUCUGGGCCAGUGGGCUUUUUCCAUGGAGAACGUUUUGGGGCUGAACUUACCAUGGAGAUCCCUGAGUUCGCAUCUGGUAACCACAGACAAAGAUGGAAACGUUGACUACAUGUCCAGCUUCCAGGAUGUUCACAUUCAAAAACCUGUGAAAGAGGCUCAGUCUACUCUAAUUGAAACUCUGUACAGACACCGAACUGACCUGCAAAUCAUCUUUAAUAUCAUUGACUCUGAUCACUCAGGCCUGAUCUCCAUGGAAGAAUUUCGUACCAUGUGGAAACUUUUCAACAGUCACUACAGUGUUCAUAUUGAUGAUUCUCAAGUUGAUGAACUCGCCGAAAGAAUGGACUUAAACAAAGAUGGAAGCAUUGACUUUAAUGAGUUUUUAAAUGCUUUCUAUGUAGUGCAUAAAUUUGAUAAGUUGCACAAAUCAGAUAGCACACUUGCUUAACAAGAAUUAGAGCUUUCCCUCCUUGUAAACAGUUGGGCCCAAAUCACUGACACAAUCUUUUCCAGGACCUUUGAAAUUCAGUCAAUAGUAGAGAAAAGUAGACCCCAAUCCAUGCCACGAGCAGAUGUAUAGUGUGGGUAUUGGAAUCCCUAGUAAGCUGUUAUUGGGAAGACUAGGUUAAAUGGCAGCUGAUAGGAUUUGGCUCUGGUGUUAGGACCUACACAUUGCCAGGUAGAAACUGGGUUUGAGUUGAGUGUUGGUCUCUUGGAUGCUACCUUACCCGGAGACCAGAGCAGUUUGGAAAUACACUGAAAGGAACCCACAGAGCAGCAGAGAAAAGUGAAACAUCUGUGAGAUGAGAGGAGGAAUACCAAACUCUUAAUGGAAUAAAAUAUUUCCGCCUUUAAAAUA